UUGACGAUGACCGGGAAUUUUACAGACGCGGAUCAGAAUGUUGCAGUUAUCUUUGAAUGCAUUAUUAUAGCAUUAUUGUCCAUUGUGGGUUCAGUUGGAAAUACUAUGACCAUCCUAGCAGUUUUGAACAAUAGGCGUCUUCAUGAACCUGCACAUUACAUGGUCGUCAGCCUAGCUAUAGCAGAUUUGAUCCCUUGUCUGAUAACGGAUUCGAUAUACGUUGUGUCAGCUUGGCAUCGGGAAUGGUUCCUGCCAGACGCAUAUAUCGUCUGCCAGAUCAUUGGUGCAUUGUCCGUCUUCUGCCUCGAAGCUUCGGUUACGAAUCUAACCCUGAUAGCGGUUAAUAGAUAUUUCUGUAUUGUAAAAUUCAGGAAAUAUAAGAAGAUAUUUACACCAAGACGAACAUUACUUUUCUGUGUGAUGGCGUGGGUUCCACCAAUGAUAGGCAUCCUGAUCCCGAUUAUCCUCGGCGCCAGUGUGUUUGGAUUUAACACUUCUAUGUUAUCAUGUACCAAUGAAGCGACGGACGUAGGGUAUCGGUACCAAAUAAUAUUACUUUUAACCUACAUCCCCAUAGUAUUGAUUGUCAUCAUAUUUUGCUACACGAAUAUUUUUCUAACGGUGAGGGCAAGUCGUAUCCGCAUCGAGCGCCCCGACUCUACAAUAACUCCUGACAUUCCUCAAAGUGUAAGUCCUAGAGCCUCUGUAGCAGACAAAGUGCAGUACGCUAACGUACCAGUAACUGAGUUAGAUAAACCGACAAACCACCGCACAUCCGAAUUUAUAACAAUGACCGGUGGUGGUCUAUCAGAGACUGAAGAUGAACAACAUGAUGUUCAGCGAACGCUUCCGAGGGAUAGGCCUAAUAAGGAUCCGAAGAGCACACGUCAAGCAAAAAUAAAUUUAAGAAAUGAAGUACUCCUAUCUGUUAACUUAUUUAUAAUUUUUAUUAUAUUUGUAGUCUGUUGGCUACCAAUUACAUUGGUUAUGAUUUUUAAUGCAGACUUUUCUGGUCCGGUUGAAGUUUGGCAAGUGGUUAGCAUAUUAGCGUUGGCUAACUCGACUUUCGACCCUAUUGUCUACGUAUGGCGUAGCGAACACUUCAGACAAUCGUAUACGCGAAUGUUGAGGUGUUGGCGUAGGCCUACUUAAGACAGUAGAGCAACAUCAUCAUAGGAGUAACAAUAAUAACAAUUUAAAGCCUUCUUAUCUUGCAAAUGUGAGGGUAUAUUUGAUAAUAUAUUAUUCGACUGUUUCAUUUCGUUGAGUACGAAUUUUCGUUGAGUAUUUUUGUCAUUCGACUGGUUCGUAAAAUAGAAUUCGUUGACAACGA